AUGUCGGGUAUCAUACACUCCAUCUUCUACAAGAAGAAAACCGUUAACAGUGCUGUAAGUUGGUUAAUCGUGUCAGUUUGGUUACAGUAUUUUCUGCUAUUAUGCUUUAUUACUAAGGCUUAUAAGAUCUUAAAGAAUUGCUUUUAGAGUCAAAAAGCCUUCAAAAGGCAAGGAAUUACCCAAGCGUCCACGAGAAGUUACAAAGCGAAGCCUGCCAUUCCAAUAUCUAAAGACGAGGCUUCAAUUUCAAAAGAUUACGAAAACUACCAAAACGACAAUUCUCUAAACUGGCACGAUGCCAAAGCGUCUUCAGAAUACGGCAGUGCUGAACCCAGCCCUACACAUUAUUCAUCGAGAGUAGCUUUCCCAGAGUCGGAUUCAGAAGAAACGACGGAUUGUGAUUCAGAAUCUGACAAUGAAGCUACGAUAGAAGAGUUCUACGAAAGAGUAGGUUUAAGUCUUUGUAGUUAAUUAUUUCAUAAUAUACUAUUUUAUAUUUUACAUUAUUAUAUAUUCUACUUAAGUAUUAAAUCAUAGUAUACUGAUUUUGUCAACGAAUAAAGUCAUUGUUUAUAUUUAUUUUCCAACCAAUCACGAUGAACCUUUUCAGAAGUACAGAAUCCUAAUAAAAGACCUUCGAAAAGAACUGAACCGUUCUAAGAAGGAAGCCGCAUUUUACUACAAAUUCUACAAGGAAUACGACAAGAUGCUACACAAAUGCGAGAUGCUGAAGCGAGAAGUAUACUAUCUACGACACAAAGUGGCUACAAAGCCUCAGCGAUGCGUAGAACCUCAGCCUCAAGUAGUCAUGCACCGUGUAGGUAGUGCUACUGGUGCUCCAGACAGAUUAUGUUCAGUGAACGAUCUAUGUAGCAUUGAUGAAACCAUUAGUAACGAGGCCUCAACCUUGGCCAUCGAUGAGUUGGACGAGAUUAAAAUAUUCCCAAAGGACGACGAUGAAUUCGAAGUGCCUCGAGAUGACUCGCAAGACAACUGUACCACUUUGGAAGACUCGUUACCUGAUGAGAUUGUGAUUCCAGUGAGAGAUGAAGGAUACUCAACGUGGGGAACUGAAGCCAAUAUGAAGUCAUCGCUUUCGGACUCUGAAUUGUACAAACCUGGCCCAGCGGAGGAAUCGUAUUCAGAUGAGGAGGUAUCAGAAAGGCCGCAAAGAAGCAGAAGACAUAGACAUGUAAGUUUACAAGACUUUGAAAAUAAAAAAAUAACCAAAAAAUAGCAUGAUUAUUAUAUUUAUUAUAACAAGGUUAAUGUAAAAUAUUUAUAGGUAAAUGAUUAUACAAGCGCUGAAGGAACGUCAGAAGAAGAUAACAUCAAGGUAUUGUCCAAACAACUAAGGAGGAAAGGUGAUUGUUUAUAUUACAAAGGCCGAAGGAAAGACAUCGUGUCAGAUGGCAACAAACUAUACAAACGAUUUGGAAAUAAGGAACGAGAUGCCCUCAGGCAGUUCGACUAUCUACAGGAAAUGAGUACAGAUAUCUCGGGGUUCAUCACCUCACCCGACCAAUCGCCGCGUUACAAGUAA